CUCGCACAUCUAUUGUGUUCAGUUAUUCUUUAACACAUCUGGAGAAAUGAAGGUCUUGCAUAUUUUGGCAAUUGUUUUAUUAGCAGCUGCUAUUUCGGCUUUUCCUGUAGAAGAGGGCCGUGAGAAUGGCGAGAAUGGCUGGUAUGUACCACAAGUGGAUGGGUCAUUCGUCUGGAUGACCAUUGAAGAGGGCGAGAAUGCAAUUGCGGAGCGUGAGAAACAGGACACAUUAGAAGGCCGUCUCAAUUUAGUGCCCAAUGUAGAUAUACACCCUGUCAAGAAAGUAUCGGGAAAUUUUCAGUUCCCCCUCUCAGCUCUUGUUUAUAUGGAAGACAGGCUGGGCGCCGGCAUACUGGCGGCCAUACCGGCCAACGAGCUAAAAAACUCAUUCGACGUGCUUUUGUUGGCGACAACAUAA